AUGUCAGAAUACGACUUCGAGGCUUUUGAGCAACAGCGUGUACCAGUUUCGCAAGUUCCUACUAGGCAGCAACUACAUACGUACUUCAGCCUCAAAUCGGCUGAAGCAGUGGAGACCACCUUUCAUGAUUACUACCGCUGGCUGGAUGACUACCGCUCAAACAUGGACAUUCAGCUCCUUCUCACGCAGGAUUGGAAUCGCAGCUCUGAGAAAAAAAUGAGGAACGCCCUCAAGGCCCUUCCACAUAUUCCUAUUUUGGAGUUAGGAACCGCGAAGGGGACGAGAACCCAACUCAACGUACAUCCAGUCUUCGAAACUCAAUAUUAUGUACCGAAAGGUGCUCCACUGGAGGCGCAAUUCGACCCUAACCACGCUUACGGGCCUGUUCUGUACACGGACAAUCCUCUACGAAUGUCGAAGAAUCUAGAAAAGGGCCGCAACCUUUCUCAUAUGACCGUCAAUGACUCGGCGUCGGGCUUAGGCUUGAACCUUAACAAGCCCUGCAAUACCUCCACAGAGGAAGAGCCGGAAUCAGCAGCUACAAAUCUCCUGCCCGCUGCUUUCUCAAAGUUUACCACGAAACUAAUUCAUCUUGGCGGCGUCGAGGCUUCCUACGUCCCGGACUUCACCAAUUCCAGCGUCCUGACACUAGCACCAUAUGCUGCCAUUGCCAAAAUUAGUCCGGCAGGGGCGGUUGAAGGCAUUUUUGCCAUUCCAGUAGAUGGGACGCGGAACGGCGACCUAGUAUACGUGGACUUGGAUAUUGAAGCCUGGGAGCCGGAAAAGAGAGGUAUAUACUAUCUUGGAAAGGACUUGGAUGACUGCGCCCAGCGGGAGUGGACUUUGUGUGACGAAAUUGAGGUUGUUGAGGUUGUCAGCUACGAGCAAGAUGACUGA